GCAACUUUAUGUGAUUUUCCGCCAAAAAGGCCUUUUCGGAAAGAAGCACAAGAUAAAUUCCCAAAGCUAAAAACCUCUUCUCAUUUGCCUUUUUUUUUUUACAAUUUCGGGAAAUCGGUAGAGCAAAGGAGUGAUGGCUGAAGAAGGUACGGCGGCGGCAUCAGAGGUGACGGUGGAAAAGACGGAGCAAACUCAAGGGGCGGAAAUAAGUGGAACCCUAGAAACCCCAGGUUCAAUCGAAGCCACUGUCGAAUCUGGGGUUCAAGGAGGCACUGAGUCUACAUGCAACAAUAACAACAAUUCUAACAGCUGUGGUCUUGUUUCGGGUAUUGAUCGAGAGAAGACGCUGGAGUUUGCAGAUGAGUUGACGGAUAAAGGAUCCAAGGCUUUUAAAGAAAAUGAUUUCUCCGAAGCUUCUGAUUGCUUUAGCCGUGCCCUUGAAAUCAGGGUUGGACAUCAUGGUGAACUGGCCAUUGAAUGUCUCAAGGCGUACUAUCUCUAUGGGCGUGCACUGCUGUAUAAAGCACAGGAGGAGGCUGAUCCUUUGGUUUCUGUACCAAAGAAGAAGGGUGAGACUCAGCAAGAAUCAAACAAAGAUGAGCCAAGUAAAAGUGUUCUAUCUCGUGAAUUGUCAGUUGCUUCGGUAUCAAGUAGUACUGUACUGAAUGGGGAUGAGGAGGGAAGUGAUGAUAGUGCCGGCGAAGCUGAAGACGGGGCUGAAGCAGAUGAGGAUGUGGAUGAGUCUGACCUGGAUUUGGCAUGGAAAAUGCUGGAUGUUGCCAGGGCAAUUGCUGAAAAACAACAGCUGGGUGACACCAUGGAGAUGGUGGAUAUUUUAUCAGCAUUGGCUGAGGUUGCACUGGAAAGAGAGGAUAUUGAAUCUUCACUAGGCGACUACCAGAAAGCUCUAUCCGUUUUGCAACGACUGGUUGAACCCGAUAACCGACAAAUAGCUGAACUAAAUUUUCGAAUAUGUAUGUGUUUGGAGAUUGGCUCAAAACCAGCAGAAGCAAUUCCAUUCUGUCAGAAUGCCAUCUCUGUUUGCAAGGCUCGGCUCCAGCGGCUUAGAGAUGAAGUAAAGACUUCCUCAGGCCGAGCAUCAUCUUCAGCUGCAUCUGAAUUGGAUGAUGGUGUACAGCAGUCCUCCACUGGCUCUCAGACUGUUAUAUCUGUUAAAGAUAAAGAAGCAGAAAUUGAAACACUUGCUGGACUUGCGGAAGACCUGGAAAAGAAGCUUGAAGAUCUACAACAGCUGGUCGCCAAUCCAAAGUCUGUUAUUGCAGAAAUCCUGGGAAUGGUGUCUGCAAAGGCGAGAGGUGGUGAGAAAAGUGCAUCUCCUGCUGUGGGUAGCUCAUCACAGAUGGCUACUGUUAACAGCAAUGGAGGUUUUGGUUCCCCAACUGUUUCCACUGCACAUACAAAUGGAGCUGCAGCGGUCACACAUCUCGGUGUUGUAGGAAGAGGUGUGAAGCGUGUUUUGAUGAGUUCGGGAGCAGUAGAAGCAAGCCCAGUAAAGAAAUCGGCCACCGAUCCAUCAUCUGACAAAGAUGACAAUAGUGCCUCUUGAUGUUUUCGGUCCUAGAUUCUGAUAAUGCAUGCUUAGUAGUUGCUAGUACAAAUUAAUGGUCAUUGGGGGUAUGGUCUUCAUUCUUCAUCCAUACCACACUAAUGCUUUAUGUUAAUGGAUCCUUUUAAAACUCGAUAGUUUGCC